GUGAGUUGAACUGCGGGAAUGACACUAAAUUAUAAACUCAAAUAAAGAUUCAAAGAACUAGAUUCCAAAGCAUAUUUGAAUAAAUAAAAAUAAUUAUGAUUUGAUCUUUGUCAUGCGACAUAAUUUAUGAUUCUUUUUGUCCAUUGUUAUAGUUGAAGCCAUUCUGUGCGGUGUGCGUGAACAAAAAUGCAGUUGUUUAUGGUUUUCUAUCUCACUAUUGCAUUGCAAGUGACCUUAACCGUUUACGCAUUUCGUGAUUAUCCUGCCAACUUUUUAAAACCAUCAAAAAUAUAUGAAAAUUGUGAACCUAUUAAAAGAAAUACUCGAAGUACAAUUUAUGAAAAAUCCUUAAACAAUAUUUUAUCUCGGAAGAAACGAGGAUUUGUAUUUUUCAAAGGUGCCGUUGUAGUUUUGACACAAGUUCUGUCAAAAGCCAUUAUCGCCAGAACACCUCGGGGUGUUUUGCAAUCAACUGAGGUGGAUAUGUUCUAUGAUGUGCCAAUUUUAAUUGACGGAUGGAAAAAACCUUUGGAGGUAUUUGCUAAUCGAACAAAAGGCACAAAAAAGAAAAGUGAUAAAUUUGUUAAUUAUAUUGAAAAUGAAAACAAUGAAAAUAUUGGUGUUAUUAAUGCAAGUUCAAUUCCUUGGGAUAAAUAUUAUAAAAUAUCAAAAGGGCCAAAUUUAGAUCAUUUUGUGUGGUAUAAUCAAAAUAGUUGGAACAGAAAUAACUAUCAUCCCAAUCGGAAAUAUUUCUACAGAAAAUCUUUUUAUAAGAGUCCUACACAUAACUACUAUUAUAAUCCAUACAACAAUCACAGGAGAAAUUACAAUCAAUUUUCGAAACAGCAUACAAACAAAAUGCAUCAGAAAUGGAAUCAAUAUCCUCUAAAAAAUAACAUUAGCAUCAAAAGUCCUCAAACUCCAAAAACACAGCAUUUCAAAAAUAAUGUAAAUUCGGUAUGGCACGAACACCGAGAGUAUCGGGAACGUAGGGGAAUAUUUGAACAUAUUGAAGGAUUUGGAAAAAAGCUGGGAAUAAGUUUGAGAAGUUGCAUUUUGCGUGCCAUUUGCGAGAUUAAAACGGAGCUACUACCAGAAGGAGAAUCGCUCAUAAAUGAUGUUGCACGAAUAAUUUUUACUAUUCCAACAAACCAUGACAGCAAAAGCGAUGACUUCGUUCAAAUGGCUCUUGAAGAUGGUGUGGAUUGUGUUAGACGGUUUAUGGUUUCGUGUCCACACAGCCCAAUGAAGUAUUUUUUUAAUAAUUUUAGAGCAAGAAAUCUUCCACCGAUGAGUGAAGAAGAAAUGAUAAAUAAUGUAAUUUAUGCUUAAUUUAAAACUAG